AUGACUUCAUCGACCUCGAAGAGAACUGUGCGAUUAGCAUCUUUGUUAAACGGUUCUCAGAGCCAUAAGAGAUCAACUGCUGAGCGUACAGAGCAUGCUCAGCGUGAAGUUGCCGAUGAUGACUUCUUAGACAGUAUAGAAAACUCCACAGUGAUAGAAUCGGAUGGUCACUGGACAAAUGAACGCUCGUCGCCUUUAAAAGUGGCUCCCGGAGCUAAUACCUCGAUUAUCCAAAGUGACGACAGAACCAGUGAUUGCGAGAUAGUCGAAGAACUAAAGCCUCCAAAAGUUUCUCUGAGACACCUUCUGACGGGCAAACGCAAAUCUGACAGGGGUAAGAAGUCAACAAUUAGUGGAUCAAUUGACGAUGUACAGAUGACAAAGGCUAACGAUUCAGAGAAGAAUCGGGAAGCACACGAACGCAUUGUAUCCGCACUGGAAAGUGCCAAGAAAACAGCCGUUAGGGAUCUUUUUGGCGGUUUCCAGAAGAGAACGCGCGAUUCAGGAGAAAAUGGGUCCAACGUGGCGAAUUCAGAUCAAAUUCCUUUGAAAAGGGCACAUAUGAUCUCGAAACUGGCAGAAGUAGAUCCUCCAUUCCCUCAGUUCCAAAACGUUACAGACAUAGACGAGAAAUUGAAGCACAGGCAGUUAUCGCUUCCAAAAAAAUCGCACAGCUGUCAUUAUAACGUCGAGAAUCACUUAAAUCAUCAAUAUGGCUCGCUCAUUAACUUGACUAGGGAAACCCAACAUAAGAAAAUUACAAAGUCAUAUACCAACAGGACUUCAAACUGCUCACUCUGGAGUAAUGAAUUCGAGCCACAAUCCCUUGGAAACGUUAUUCUAGAGGAUGAGCUCAAAUCGCAGGUAGAUGCAUGGCUUCGAGCGGCUUUCGGAAAGCUGCGACGGAAAACGAGCCGAACAAAACUGUUAAAGAAAAAACCAGAUGUUGACGGUAUGGACAUGUUUGUGGUCGACGAUGACGUUGAUGACACCGCAGAUCAAGUGGAAGAAUUUGUCCCUCUUUCGAUUAUAUUUGGCGACGCAGUGGGUAAAAGUACUAUGCUGAAGACAAUAAUGAAUGAGGUUUCAGGUCAGAUAUUCGAGAUCAAUAGCUCUGGAAACAGAAGUAAGAAGGAUUUUAUUGACAGUGUCUUGGAGUUCUCCACUUCUCACUACGUUAAAGACAAAGGCUCGAAGGGUAUUAUUUUAUUUGAUGACGUGGACGUACUCUUUCGAGAGCGCGACAAGUUAUUUUGGGUAACGGUGGAAAGACUUUUAUUGACUUCACGGAGACCGGUGAUUCUUGUAUGUCGCGAUGUCAAUUUCGUUCCGUUCAAUCUUAUUCAAAUAGCUGAUGAGGAAAACUCACUGUUUCAUGCCAAGAAAAUCAAUGAGCAUCAAGCCGUAGAGCAAUUGAAGGCAUUUCUGAUCUCAAAGGGAGUUGACGCAUGUUCUGGCCAUUUAGACUCAAUUUUGAAAGAAUGCGAUGGCGACAUAAGAAAAUGUUUACAUGCUCUUCAAUGGCAAGCGGUAGCUGAUCAAGACAACGCUGACUUUGAAGAGAGCAACAGCAGCCAUCCUGGCCCGGCGAAAGACAUCAAAGAGAUUACUUUCAAAGCUGAUCUUCUUUCAAGCGCAGACAUGAUACACAAUGGUAUUAAAUGGAAAUCCAACAUUGGUGAAGAUAAAGAUCGUACCUUGAACUAUCCUAUUCAUUCAAAAGACUUCACAGCACUGACUGAUGAAGAAAGACUAGCAUUCGACUACAUGGUCGACUACAGACAGCAUUUGCAUGAUCAAUUACGACAUCCGUUAUUGCCGUUUGAGACAAACGUUGGUGGCUAUUUGUGUAGCAGCGUUUACAACCCUCACGCAGACAACGAGGUUGACACCAACCAGUUUGUGGAUAAGACUACACAGGAAAUAGUCUCUUAUUUGGGAAGCCGGGUACCAGACAAAUUCUCACUAAACAGUGAGCAAUUCGCACCGGCACGUAUGACUAGGAACUCAAGAAAAGUUAAAGAGAUCCUUGACCGAUUUUCUAGCUACCCAGUGGAGAACAGUUCACCCGCCGACGACGGAUAUAUGGGCUUGACUGCGACGAUGACCAGGCGCCAAAUAAGUCAAGAAAUUAUCCCAUAUAUCCUUGAAGUAGCCAAACACGAUAAGAUGCUUAAGACUAAAAACAGAAGGAUUUUCGAGGCGGCAAUGCAUGACGCACAACCAGGGUCCCGCAAGGAGGUUGUGAAAAUACUCCUGCAGAAUCACGCAUUUCACCCCAUUUGGUUCAACGGUGAACCUGAUUGCGUGCUUGAUGCGUGGAAAAGUCCCAUGAGCUCAGUUGAACAAAACGACGAAUAG